AUGAUUGAGAUACCCGUAGACGAUGAACAUGGUGUGGCUACAAAGAUGGUAUACUGCUCUGGGACGACCGGUGAACUCGCCCCUGGCUUCAACAUGAUGGGAGACACAAAUUUCGGAGUCUCUAGACCAUUUUGGGACCAUGGAAAGGCCUACACUUCUAACCCUUCUGGACGACACGGAGGAGGCCUCGAUCCUAAUACCAGUACUUCUAUUCAAGCCUCAUCCAUUCACCAGGGUCCAAAGGUCCAUCUCGGAGGAGGCAAUUUCGAUCCAAACUCUCCCUCCUCGAGAGACUCAGUGACUGUACAACCACUUCCGAUUGAGAGGCCAAACUUCAACGCGCAGGCAACUCAUAGUUACCCAGUAGGUUGA